AUGGGUAAUUCUGUAUCAGCUGAGGCUGGUGUGAACUUGCCAAACAUUGGUAAUUUGAAUCCACCACCGGAAUGUCCGAUGCACCAGAAAACGGAGCCAAAACCCGUAGAAACUAAGCGACCAUCCGAAUGUCCAGUUCAACAUGGAAAAGACAGUGAUGUCAAUCCCUAUAACAUGAUGCCACCAGCUAAUCAACAGCCAGCUCCAGACCAGCCGUUCGAACUUCCUACUCAACGCCAAGUAUCCUCAAUUCCACGUGCUAUGCCUGAUGGAUCCACAGAAUUCUGGGUGUAUCCCAGCCAGCAAAUGUUCUGGAAUGCUAUGUUACGCAAAGGCUGGCGUUGGAAGAAUGAAGACAUCAAACAGAAGGAUAUGGAGGACAUUAUUAAAAUACAUAAUGCUAACAAUGAACAGGCUUGGCAAGAAGUCCUGAAGUGGGAGGCACUACAUGCAAAAGAGUGUGGUCAUCCAAGGCUGAAGAGCUUUGGUGGCAAGGCUUCAGAUUACAGUCCAAGAGCUCGCAUCAGGCAUUGGCUUGGAUAUGAAUUGCCCUUUGACAGACAUGACUGGAUUGUAGACCGAUGUGGAAAAGAGGUCCGUUAUGUUAUCGACUACUAUGACGGUGGUGAAGUCGACAACCAAUACCAAUUUGCACUGCUUGACGUCAGACCUGCUCUUGACUCUUUUGGAAAUGUUUGGGACAGAAUGAAAGUUAUGUAUAUGAGGUAUCGCUAUGAACUUAUUGGUUCCAAGGAAAAUACCAAAUUAACUAAUUAG